CCUCCGGUGGUUGUAAACUUGACGGCAGCCAAAUGUCGUUAUACAAUCUCUUGGCCCACGUCAAAUGUGUAGCCGCGUGCCACUAUAACGACGAGCGAUAUAAAUGAGUCCAUCAAACUAUGCCGUCGCUUCUCAAGACAUCUUGUAACUCUUGCAUUGCAGCUAAACGGCGAUGCAGCAGGGCGACCCCCAAAUGCGAGCGUUGCUCGCAGCGGUCGUUGGAUUGUCAUUACGCAUUUCCGCCCUCUCAUCGGGCUAGUUCAGACUGGAACAUGGGACGACCUGUGAGGCUGCCUCUUACUACGGCUAGUAAUGUCACUGACCCGGGCAUCCCUCCGCAAUCACAACCGUUGGGCAUCGCCGACUCGGUGGCGAUGCAGUCGUUUGACUAUGCUCUGCUGGAACUGGCCGGCCUCCCCGGCAUUGAUGACCCCAAAUUUAGUCUCUUAUUUGAAUUUCCAGCUCUUGCGCAAAUGAGAGUCUUGGAUCUCUGGCCGCGCCUGGAUGACACACGUUCCUGGAGCUUUUGUGCCCAGAUGCUCUUGUCAUUUGCCAAUCAGUUCGUUCAUACUGGCGAAAACCCUUUCAUUGGCAAAUCGGGCUCAAUGUCAUACAUCGUGACAACCGCAUUUAGCGUCUGUGCAGCCUACUUGGCUCGCACAGAUGCGACCAAUGGUAUGUUUCAGCGGAUUCUGGUUGCCGAAGUUUGUAAAGUAGCGACAGCAAUUCCGCACAGCUCAUUUGAGCAGCAAUUAGCCGCGCUACAGGCCCUUUUGCUCUACUAUAUUUUGAUGUUCUUUGGUGGGGACGCGCAAUUGCGGGCUCUGGCCGAGAAACAAGAGGGUGUGUUAGAACGGGCGACCAUCGCGCUACAGUCCCAGUGUCUUGACCCUCUUGGGACUCCGACAGAUAGAGUGGCAGAGUGUCACCGCGAGGCGGCACGUCGGGCGGUCGUGAUAUCAUACCUGCUUCGUGGCAUCAAUCGCGUGCUGCAAUAUAAGAGCUGUCAUGUUAUUUGUGACCUCGUGAAUCUACCCGUCUCGCUCCGCCUGCCGCUGGGGGUACACCGGAGUGGCUUGCAAUCAGAGAGCCAAAUUGAUACCAGGGAAAUCGUCACUUACUACGAAUUUGUCCAAGAGUGGGAAACUGGAAGGCUGGGGGAGAUUGAUGAGUUUGCCAAACUACUCCUUGUCGCAUGCAAAGGCGUAACUGAGAUUGUUCCACCCAGCGCUUUCGACACUACUUGAAAGAACAAGCUGAACGGCGGCGGGUCCUUGUCUGGAGUCAUGGUACGUUGCGAGCUGGGCAUCUGUUGGAAUAAGCAAAUUGGGCAAUUGGAGUAUAGGAAUUACAUUAGAAAGAGUCUUGUAUCAGUACAGAGAAAAAUGCUGCAUCGGCUACCACUAAUAGCUAUAGAAUCAUACAGAAAACACGCCACUUUAUGACAGAACUGUGCGGGAUUAAUUGUGUUAAUAUCGUCUAACAAAGCCAUAA